UUUCAAAAAUUAUAAAUUCGGGAAAAUGGCGACGACUUUUAACAACGUGAUCGUGGCCGAUAUAGAUGAAAAUGGACAUUACAACGCGGAAUCAGGCGUUGAGGCCAAGAUUGAGAUGUCACGACAAGGAGAAAGUGUUGUUCUGUGUAUUUAUAAAGAUGGGAAAAAAAUCAAAUCAGUGAUACUCACCAAAGAAGGGGAGUACUGCAGACUUGGGAAACAGAACCUGGUUGUGACAACAGACUCUCAAGAAAGCACAAUACUAAAAUUUGAUAGUAUUCACAAUGUGAAGUCAUUCCAGUUUAAGCUGAAAGAGUUACAGGAAGGCCUGUCCUCCAUUUUCACUGAGAGGACAGACGAGGCAUCAGCUGUACAAUAUUUCCAGUUUUAUGGUUACCUGUCACAGCAACAGAAUAUGAUGCAAGAUUACAUCCGCACCUCAACAUACCAACGUGCCAUGCUCUCAAAUGUCAACGAUUUCCUCGACAAGGUUGUAUUAGAUGUUGGAGCAGGCUCCGGGAUCUUGUCGUUUUUUGCUGUACAGGCCGGAGCGCGGAAAGUUUACGCCAUAGAAGCCAGUAAUAUGGCAGAGUACUGUGAGCAACUGGUUCGGCAUAAUCGACUUCAGGACAAGAUCAUCGUAAUUCCAGGGAAGGUGGAGGAAGUGAGCAUACCAGAAAAAGUUGACACAAUCAUAUCUGAGCCUAUGGGAUACAUGCUCUUCAAUGAGAGAAUGUUGGAGAGCUUCCUACACGCAAAAAAAUGGCUGAAACCAAAAACAGGUAAAAUGUACCCAUCUCAGGGAGACCUCCAUGUGGCCCCAUUCACAGACGAGGCCUUGUACAUGGAACAGUUCACAAAAGCAAACUUCUGGUACCAGGAAUCGUUCCAUGGUGUAAACCUUACAUGUCUACGGGAGGAAGCUGUCAAGGAGUACUUCAAACAACCCAUUGUGGACACAUUUGAUAUCCGGAUGUGUUUAUCAAAGUCUGUGAAGCACCAGGUGGAUUUCCUCACGGCUGAUGAGACGGACCUCCAUGAGAUAGCUAUACCUCUGUCCUUCAAUAUACACCAGACUGGCCUUGUCCACGGCCUAGCCUUCUGGUUUGAUGUAGCAUUUCUGGGCACAGUGACGCCAGUGUGGCUGUCUACAAGCCCUACAGAGACUUUGACCCACUGGUAUCAGGUCAGAUGUCUCCUUCAGACCCCAGUCCUUGUAAAACAGGGACAAAACCUCACCGGCAAGUGUCUUCUCAGGUGUAACAAAAGACAGAGUUACGAUGUUGAUAUAGAGCUGAACAUUCCCGGGACCAGUACUGUAUCAAAGAACACGCUUGAUCUCAAGAACCCAUUUUUCCGCUACUCAGGCCAGACGCCCGCAAUCCAACCGGGAACACAGACACAGUCGCCCAGUGAUGCAUACUGGAACACACUCAUGACAGGUCAGAAUUACACAACUGGCAUGAACGGCGCCCUGAUCAACGGAGGUCUUGGCGAUUCCAACACCCUGCACCAGCUCGCUGGACAGACGCAGCUUCCUGGAAACUACAUUCAGAUUUCCGGUGCCCCAAUUAACCCCGGGAGCAUUCCAAGUGUUCUUAACCUGUCCAUGAUCAGCUCGGCAAACCGAACAUCAGUUGGUGGCGGCAUCAGUCCUAUUAACUUUGUAAACUCACAGCCACAGAACGUCAUUACUGGAAGCGCUACACAGUAUCCAAUCAGCAGCCAGUUUAUGAUUGGCGACUACGUUACCCCUGGCAACCUGGUACCGAUAACCCAAUCAGACAAGAGCUGAAAACUAAACAUGACUUCUCCAAACCAUUAUAUCAUAUUGUUAAGUGUUGUGCUUUCUAGACUGCCAAUCCUCUGCAGAACAUCUGUGUAAUUCUCGUGUAAUCCAAAUGUGAAGAACUUGAAACGGUCUCCUCAGGCCAGGUGCUGAUUUAAACCUGAUUAUAGUCCUUGUUCCAAGUUGAUCAUCAUUAGUUAUAGACUUGAUAAUUAAGUUGUUCCUUGGCCUAAUGCUGUAACAUGUGAAUGCGGCAUAUCAAGACUUGUUGGGAAUGGCAAGGCAAAGCUGAUGACAUGAAUACACAGAACCAAUGUGCCGUAUGCCUGCAUUGCGUUGAUGGACUGAUAUUUGACAGUCACAAAAAAACAUCUUACGCCCUGAAGUGCUGUUUCAAGGUGCUUGGAUGUGUUGGCAGCCAAACCUCAUAUAAAUCUUAUGUGCACUAUGUGCAUUGAUGAUGGUACAGUUGCUAGUAGAAAUGUAGACGACAUAAAAAAGUAAUGCUUUGUUGUAGAUUGCUCAUUUUGUUAUGUACUUUCGAGCUGUAAUUGUCAAUAUAUUCAUAAUGAACUGUAACAUACUUGUUUUGGGGUUAUUGUUUUGACCCUAUUUUAAGGAAAAGGCUUGGAUUAUUUCAAUACAAUAUACAUGUAUGAAUUUA